CUUCUAACCUACCACUCAAGUUCAGAUAAUUUUCACCCAGUCUUUCAAACUCGUCAAGUAUAACUCGUAACUCACAGUUCUCAAUAUUUUGACUUGAAACUGUAUUAUUUUUACCAUUUGGACUGAUUUAAGUUUUUGAAACGGCAUGGCUGAUAAGAAUUUCGGGAACCCUAACCUUGCAAGCAUGACAGUACCAUACGAAACCACUACUAAGUCCUUCUAUCACGCGAUAUUCUGUGAUUGGCAUUCUACAUUCGAUAUUCUAUGAUUGGCAUGAUUCCACUCCAAUCAUACAGGCGGACUUGAAUGGGGCAAGCCUCACCUGUUCUAUCACCACCCCUCCACCCUACAAUAUAAUAUUGACAUGAGUGUGACAAAUAAUAUCGGAACACUGCAUGACAGAUUUCCUUUCAUGCUCAAACCUUUGCAAUCAUGGCUAGCAAAAAGGGAUCAAGUUUCGGUUUCAAGUAUUCGGCUCCCCUUGCUAAACGGAAGUUCAAUUUCAGCGAAGUGGAAGAAUCAGCUACAAAGGAAAUCGAUUCUAUAAAGGUUUACCUGCGGGUAAAGCCUCACGAUGGGAGGCAAAUAAAUGAAAGUAACGAUGUAUUUGAAGUGACCGACUCCAAUACUUUGUUAGUAAAAGCUACUGAAGGUUCAAAUAAAGUCAGCAGAGGCAACGAGACGUACAGUUAUACAUUCACACACAUUUUCCCUCCCGAUGUAUCUCAGAAAGAAGUGUUUGAGAAAAGUGUGAAGGAGUCAGUGAUGGACUUUGUGAAUGGCUUCAGCUCUCUCAUAUUCACCUACGGCACGACCAGUGCUGGAAAAACGUUCACCGUUCAAGGAACGAGUCAGCUUCCAGGGUUAAUACCGCGUGCCUUUUGCCUUGUCUUCAAAUCAAUCGAAGACAGACAAACUGAUGCCAUGGAGUACAUGCCUUGCGGACGAAUAGUCAAACGAAUGACGGAGCAGGAGCUCAAGAACCACUCCGACCUCAAACAGACCAUCAUAAAUCACUGCAAUAUUGAUGAUUCACAAAGCUUAACAAAAAACGUCCACAAAUUGAGUCAACAUGAGAGUGGACUCAAUUUUGAAAUAAUGGAUAUGAUUCUAGAAAAAGAGACAAAUUCUCUGGUUGUGUUGAAGCCUGAAAUUACGUACUCGUUAUGGAUAAGCUUCUACGAGAUCUACAACGAGUGCAUAUACGAUCUACUAACAGCGCCGCUCACAUCAAACAGUCAACGGAAGCAUUUGAAAAUCGGCGAAGACUCUGCUAAAAACAGUUUCGUCAGAGACGUGAACUAUGUGAAUGUGACGUCGAUCACAGAUGCGCGAAAAGUGCUGAUCUACGGCCGCAACAACUUGCAGGUGGCGAUGACCGGUCUGAAUGCGCACUCGAGCCGCAGUCACUGCAUAUUUACGCUGACUCUGGUGCGCAGUCCAGAAGCUGCUGAAACCGGUGAUGACAUCGUCAUCAGCCAGCUGUCCCUUUGCGAUCUAGCGGGCACCGAGCGUCAGAAGAAAACACUGAACGUUGGCGAGCGACUGAAGGAGUCGCAACACAUCAACUGCUCUCUGCACGUCCUCAGCAGGUGCUUCGAUAUUAUCCGCGAAAACCAAAACAGAGCUGAAAGGAGUGUGAUUCCCUAUCGAGAAUCAAAUCUCACUAAACUCUUCCAAAAAGCACUAAGAGGUGAAGAAAAAAAUAGUAAUGAUGGUAAAUAUAAAUGUGGCUUUCUCGUUAGAUGACACACAUCAAGUGUUGAAAACAUCAGCGAUUGCACGGAAAACGACGACGUCGAUAAAGCCGUGGCAGCAGAAGAAGCGUCGUUCGCGAUCAGUGAUGCUGCGCAGGUCGAU